AUGUCGGGCAGGGGGCGCAGAGACGGUCGCAGCGCUAGAGGUGGCAGAGGACGAGGCAGAGGCAAGACGCGAAUAUGGGAGUGGGAAGCAUACACGCCUGGCGCCGAGGUGUACGACCAGUUAUGGCGCGUUCGCAAGGAGCCUGCCACUGUCACCGCACGACUACCUAACGUCUGCCCUAUGUCGAAUGCACGAACGCGAAUACUCCAUCGUCGACAGACCGAGGACCGCUUCAAGCGGGAGCUAUACACCGUAGAGGUCACAUAUACGGGCGGACCGGGGAGUGCACGGGACGGUAUUGCCCUUACACAGCUUGAGGAUGUGGACCUGCAACGCAUACUGCAGUUCGUUUCUCUAGCUGAACUGGAACGAUAUGAAACUGAGCAGUUCAGGCUCGAGGCAGAGGCAGAGGCCAUUGCUAUGCGCACCGAGGCCGAAGACCUGGCGCGUCGCCAACUGCGAAAGAAUGCCAAAGGGCCAAACGCCAGCAAAGGGAGCCGCGUGCUCAGCGCGCUCGCCUUCUCUGUAGAGCCGACCCCACGUUCACGGGGUCGACCGAGAGCCACACGCGGAAAAUGCAGGGGAAGGGCGAGAGGUGUAGAGCCAACAAGAGGCCUCGUCGUAAGCUCCCGACAGCUCAAGAACGACAUGCACGAGCAGCUGGUAGACAGCGAACCUAUGGUGUUCGAUCACCAAGACGACAUAAUACCCCCACAACCCGCUUCGCCGCAAUUUGAAUCGGACGGAUACGUCGGCAGCCGAAUAACAUCUAUGCGCACAUUGUAUCCGGGACAACAGUCGCUCGAACACAACAACGAAGACGAUGCAGAAGCGGAUGCAACGGAAGAGUUUGCUGUAGAGGCCAUCGUGGCGCAUUUUCACGAGCACGAGAAGAACUACUACCUCGUCAAGUGGGAGGGAUACGAAGACAGCCAUGAUUGGCUUCCUGAAGAAGAUCUUGAGGGUGCUGCAGACCUGGUCACUGAAUACAAGGAGCGGAUUGGAUGGAGGAACAAGAAAGUCGAAAUAAGAUGA